CAUCCACAAAUCGGGCUUUCUUAAACCCUAGGUUUUCUAAUUUCUCUCUGAAAAUUUCUCUGUUCAACUAGAUCGUGGUUCUAAUGGAUCUUUUCAACAGUCUACCGGAAGAGAUUACGCUGGACAUUAUCAGUCGAUUACCUACUGAAGAUGUCCUGGAAUGCAAGUCAGUUUGCACGAAUUGGAGACGUAUUGUUCUCCUUCCAUUAUUCUGCAAGAUGCAUUUAGAUCAUCUCAAUCAUCCUGCGGCUGAUUCUGGUAAGUUAGGUUUCAUUGCUAUGACUUAUAUUCCUCGGAGUAAUGGUAUCGUUGAUCGGAAUAGUAGUUUCAAUCUUCAUUAUUUUGAAUUUAAUGAGAAUCAUGAAUCGAUUGAGAGAAUUACAAGGGUUAAUUACAAGCCUCCGUUUGGGUACGGGACUAGAUUUGUUGGCCUGUGUAAUGGUUUAAUAUGUCUUGACAAAUUCCACUCACCAGGAAAAACUUACAUUUGUAACCCCAUCACCAGAGAGUACAUUAUGCUUCCAGAAAUUAACACAGUUGGAAUGGGUGUUUGGAAGAGCGAAUUUGGUUAUAGGUAUGACCUCAUCACCGGAGAAUUCUGUAUGCUUCCACGAAUUAAGAUAACCAAAAUGGAUUUCGGUUAUGUUUCUUCUACCAACAAGUACAAAGUCGUAGCAGUAAUGUCGUUUGAGGAGACCGAGUUCAUGGAAGUUUGUGUAUACACUCUGGGGAGUGGAAAUGGAUGGAGAAACAUUGGAAAGUUCAAUUUUGGAACAAUAGAACAUUGGGGAGAAGGUGUAUUUGUCAAUGGAUCUUUUUAUUGGAUGGAUGUAAGAAAGAUUGUGACCUUCGAUUUGGCUGAGGAAAAGUUUUCAGAUCUUACACCACCUCCUUUGCCGUCAAAAUAUGGUGAUUGUUAUUAUCAUAUAAGUGUUCUGGAUGGGUGUUUGUCUUCAGUUAUUUACGGAAAGAUCAAUGAAGCUGAAUAUUGGGACGUGUGGCUAUUAAAAAAUAAGGAUGAUAAUCAUUGGAUGAAAGAGCGAGAUGGACAUCAGUCAAUGGGCUGGAGGAAACAGUUUAGGGUGUUUGACAAUGAAGAGUCUAGGCUUUCUAACAGUGACAGUGACAGUGACAGUGAAGAAAAGUAUAGGCUUCUUAACAGCGUAAUCUUUGCGGUUACAAAGAGUUGUAAUGUUUUAAUUCACCAUGAUAACCAUAUCAACAUUCACAACCCAAAAGCUUCAACCUCGAAAAGUAUUAUGGAUUUUAAAGAAAAUUUUGGUGGAGUAUUUCCUCACAAGAACACUUUAGUUCCGUUGAAAGAAUUAGGGGAAGAAGAUACGAAGAUGAUGGGGUCAGUUGAAAUUGAGGAGACAGAAAGCCAUGCUCAACCUUUCAACCAGCUGUUGGAGGAUGAGACCCAGGGUAAGAACAUUUUGGUGGAGUAUUUCCUCAAUUCAGUCUCGUUGAAAGAAUUAGGGGAAGAAGAUACAAAGAUGACGGAGUCAGUUGAAAUUGAGGAGAUAGAAAGCCAUGCUCAACCUUUCAACCAGCUAUUGGAGGAUGGGACCCUGGGUACCUACUUAUAAUCUGAAUUAGCUUAAAAAUGGGGUGUUAGGCUGUUAGCUUAAAAAUAUGAGAUACCUCAAUCUUGAAGCAUUUAUAGGCACAUUACCUGAAUUUCAUCAACUUCGUAUAGCAUUUGGAUCGGAGAUUGUAUCAUGGUCUUUUU